AUGUGGCUACUCAUCACUUCUUGCAUUGGAUUUUUAAUUUCAAAUUUAUGUUUGGCAACAAUUAAUAAUGAUCCAAAAAAUAUUUUUUAUCAAAAUAAACAAAUACAACAAUGUAAUAAUUUAGGAGAUACAUGUCAAGACAAUAGUGAUUGUUGUUCGGAUUUAAUUUGUUAUUCAAAUCAAGAAGAUGACAAACGUUGUUUGUUAGUACCAUCUCAUCAUCAUCAUCUUGCAAGACGUAAUAAGGAAGACUUUGUCAUUCCACCAUAUUAUAAUCCAGUGAAUCAACUUUAUCCCUAUGGAAUUAGUCAACCAGCACUACCAUUUUAUAAAGCACAAGAACUAAAACAAACUCAUGAAAGCAAAAAAAUGGAAUGGGAUCAUUGUCAAUUUCAUGAAGAAUGUGAAGAAGGACAUUGUUGUUAUGUUCAUUUUCGAUUUCGUAGUUUACCAAAAUGGUUUUGUCGACCAAAUCGUAAUGAUAUAAGUGAACUUUGCGAACCACUCACGAAAUAUCAUUCACUCAAAGAUACACCAGCUUGGAAACAACAACAACAACAACAACAAGAAGUAGAUGAUGACCAAGAAACAACGAUGGAUACCGUUUAA